AUGGUCUUUUUCCUUUCUCUCACGACAACUUUGAUUAUCAUCUCACGGUUGGCUCACACAUUCGCUCUGAACGAAUGGACAGUUCCUUGCCUUCAUGGUCAGUGUGCAUACGAUUUUGCGGAAGAUGGGCCCUUCUUGGGAUCUCUACAGCUUAUAGGCGCUCCAGAUUCUAUUUCCGAUUUGACUGCAGCUGGAGGAUGGAUGAUCAUCGAAUGCCAAUCGAAUGCCAUGGCACAGGACAUACGUCUCGUCUGCACCGACGAUGGCGAAACGCCAGGCUGCGAUCACCUUCUUUCAAAUGGCGCUGAAGGCAAGAUUGUCCGGCUUCCCGAUCAUUGUGGUCGGGUACCCUUCGCCAGGGUGGCGAAGUCGUGGAUUUCAUCAGACCAGUCUCUUCCACCCUCGCUGAUAGAUCGGCACCGAGGCUAUAUAAAGCGGCCCUUGGUCCGCGCCCUCUCCUUGGAUACAGACCUUUCUCGCAUCGAUACAGAGAAGCAUGGAGAUAUAUCCUUCUCAGUACAAGGGAAGGCCUUAUCUGAGGGGGGGAAUCAAGCUCGUUCCCCACUAGUCGCUGAGAAGAGAUUGUUCGAAGGCCGGUCAAGCGCAUUUCGGCGAGCUGUCGCUCCGUCAAUCGGGCCACGAUUCAGCGACGAAAAUACCAUCAGCUUCCCCAUUGAUGUCGAGCAGUCCCUUAAUCUAAUCGACUCUUCCAUCAAUUGUCCCGCAGGUGCCGCCUCACUCGUCGUCGAUGUCGGCGCUGAGGCGCAUAUGCGUGCCGAGAUAAGUUUUGACGUGACUGGCUCGUUGUCUCCGUUCAACAUCACGCAGUUUGUGUUGUCCGCAGACAUGAACGCCACGAUAAACGGGUCUAUUCAUGUUCAAGCCGAUAUUGAAGGCAACUUUGACACCGGACGCGUCCCGAUUUUCCAGCUCUCCCCAUUGCUGGAAGCCAAUAUCACCAUCCCAGGGAUACUGACCAUAGGGACUUCAUUUGAAGUCCUGGGUGAAUUCUCGGCGGACUUUGCGUCCGCGCUCGACCUAGAGGUCGGCCUCGCGUAUACGGCGCAAAAUGUGCACAUGGUGUUCCCUCCAGACCACGGAGCCAGUACUGGGGCGUUCGGGCCGUCUGACAGCAAUACCAACGCCGACAUGACGGCCCAUAUCAUUCCUAGGCUCGAGUUUGAUAUCGUUGCCAAUGUCAAAAACACAUCGGCGUCGAUUUUCCUCGACUUUGACGCGUUCGCGACACUCGACCUGCAGGGAGACGUUCCACAGACGACGAGCACGAUGGGCUGCGACGACACCGGUACAUCAACCGCGCUGCCCGUUCAAGGCUGCGUGGACAUCAGCACGGGGUUUGACGUCAACGCGGGCGCAGACGCGAACUUCUUCGGCCUGUUCGAUGCGGGGACGCAAUUGACCCUGUUCAACAAGACGUUUGACCUCUUCAGCCGCUGCUUCAAUGCGCCCUCAAGCUCGAGCUCGCGCAAGCGCGCGCUGGAUGGGAGCACGCUGGACAGGCGAGAUCUGGCCUGCUUGGCACCGUAUCUGCUCGAGACGACGUCGCUCGUCAAGGACGUCGUCGUCAGAGCGUCGGACCAGACAGCGCGGCUUGCGCUGCCCCCGAGGCCCACUGCGCCGUUUGACGCGCGUGAUGGGCUCACGUGGUGCUCGAAUAGUAACUCAUCGAACAGCAGCUCUUCAUCACAGACAUCGGGCGCUGUCGCUGCUGCAGGGGGGAUGACGCUUGGGGGCGCCAGGGCCGGUCUUUUGCCGGGAGUAUCGAUAGCUGUAAUGCUAGUGUCGGUAAUAGUGAUUUGA